AUGGAUGCUGAUAAAUAGACAUUUGCCUGCUUGGUCUCAGCAAUCCUCAUUUAAAUCUACUAAAGCACUGGUCACUCUCUGAUGCAAGAAAAAUGUUUGACAAAUUCAAGUAGAUUUGUGAGGGCAAAAAUUACAAGAGUGUAACAAAAAGAUCACUGCAUGAAAUAUUGCCUUUUAGUAUCACUACCAAUGGAAGAAUAUUUGAUAAUUUUAACCCUAAAAACUCAAUUAGUUUUAUAUAGGAUGAUCGAUGCCAACAACAAAAAUCAGAUGAAGUUUGAGGAGUUACAUGAAAUUAUAAAAUGGACUCUAAAGGGCAUUGGGAAAUUAUUUCUGAUUAAAAUUCCCAAAGGCAAAGAAAUACAGAUCAUUUCUUAUAAAGCAUUCGUAUCAGCAGAUGCCACAAAUGACAAUAACAUUGAUUUUACUGAGCUAGUGAAUUGGGUAGAGCUAAAUUAGCAGUUCAUUACAUUUCUGCAAGACUAUGAACCAACAAACCCCAUUCAUUAUGAUUCUCGCAUCUUCAGAGAUUUUCAUAAGAUUGACGUAAAUAACUUUGAAUUGGACCCUCUGAAUCUUACUAUUGACACAAAUAGAUUGGUAAAAGCUCUCACAUAAUCCCGAAGAUUGAAGAUUAAAACUCAAGCAAAUAGUCCUAAUAAUCCUACUACUAUGAGUGAUGAGUAAGAUGAUGCUUAAAAGAUUGAAGAAGCUAGAAGGAGAAAGCUUUUCUUUCAAAAUAACAACAAAACUAACAUACUUGCCAGUUUAUAACUAAAUGACUUCAAAUAAUCUUAGCUUAUUAAAGCAAAUAGUGCUAGUAAAAUUAUUCCAGACUUUAAUAUGCCUUAUUCUCCAGCUCACUAGUCUAUUAAUAGUGCUCAGUUCGAAGUUCAAAAUUCUGUUAAUGUUACUCCAUUUAUGUCUGCAAGAAACUCUAAAAGAAAUUCAAUAAGCAUAAGAUAAUCGCAGACUUCAUUAGGUUCAAUCGAGCGACUAAACUCUAUUAAGAUACUAGAUAACAUGAGCCCAAAGAUUGUUUCGCAAUAGUUUUCGUAUAAGGACCAUAAUAAAGAUACGUUUACCACCACAUUCAAGAGUUCUCGAAGCAAACAAUCCAGCCUUAAAUAAAAGAGGCCAGUAUUUAAAUCUCAAGAUGGCAGCAUCAAAGGCAAGAAGAAAUCGAAAUUUUAGCUUCCUAUGGAUGAUUAGUGGUCACCUAAUGCUAAUGAGAAUAACUACUCUAAUCCAGAUUUUGUGGAAUUAGAGUAAGAUUUAAUGGUAGAGAUAAACACAGCAAAUGAAGAUAAUAAAGGCUACAUCACUAUCGAUGAUUAUGUGAGGGCUUGUCAAAAUCAUACUUCCUUAAAGUUUAUUUCAAUCAGUUUGUUCAAGUACUUUGAUAAGAAAUCUUGUGGAUCCAUUACAUUCGUAGACAUGAUUAAGGCUAUGAUACCAGGACUCUAGAAGCAUCACAUAGACAAGGUUAUUAAGUGGGUUAAAUUGAAUCAUAUCAAGUAUUAAGAGAUAGACGAGGAAAUUAAGAAACCUAACGAUACUCCUCUUGAUUAAAGGCCUAGACUUUAGAGUAAUAAUUUUCUAAGCGAAAGCACAAGUAGUUUGAUGGGUUCAUCUCAGAACCAACAAACUCAAAGUAAAAAUAAUGUCCAUCAAAGAAGGAGACUCAGCUAGCAGAGAUUGAGCUAGGAUAUCAAAUUUAUUAGCAACGAAGAGAUCACAGAAUUUAGAAAUAUAUUUGACCUAUAUGACAAGAAAAACAGAGGGCUUCUAGAUAGAGACUCAUUCUUGAUGAAUCUGUCAACCCUAUAUAGCUAUGGUGAUUGUAUUGAGAAGUUAAAGAAUAAUGGACUAGAAAAUGCAAAAGAUAUCAGAAUAGAUUAAUUCGUUUAAAUGCUUAAGCCUUUCAACACCGUUGUCCCAGAGAUAGUUCUCAACAACUUAAGAGUUUUAUAUGAGUAGAAAUAUCAAAGAUUCUUAGUGAACUAGGCUGCCAGGAAUAUUAAGAAGAGCAUUAGUAACCCUCAGAACUUAGUGAACUCAAAGUCAACACCCAGUUUGUCUAGAGUAAACCUUAUUCCGAAAUGA